UUGCAGGGAGAUGGCCGCCAAGAUCAUGAAAAAAUCCGUGAAUACUUUCUUGUGUAGCUACCAGACGUUCACCUCCAUUGCUGGUCUCUUCGUCUUCCCUGCUUCCUUAUCUAUACUCCUCUCACAAGCCUUCCUCUCCUGCUCCAACCCCAUCCUCCACCGUAUCGUCUACAGCCACCUCUGUUUUCUUUUCAGAGCUGCAAGAUUUCCAGACGUUGGAUUAUAUUCCUGGAUCAACCUCAAGCUGGCUCAGACGAUCUUUUCCUUCAUCUUUACGCUUCCAUUCACGCUCACGUUCUUGCUGUUGGCCAAAGUAUUGAUUAUCAGGACAACUAACGGACAGCCCUGUUGGCGACGCUGCCUUUUUUCUCCCCAGAUGCCGUCGUGCCGGCGCAGCUACUGCUCCGCCCUCAUCACCCACCUUUUCAGCUCCUCCGUGAUGGUCGUCCUCAAUGCGGCGGUCUUUUCCGCGCUUUGCCUCGUCUUCAGCGCAGCGGAAAUAGCAGGACUGACGUCGAACACCUGGGCGCUGCUGCUCACCGCGACGGGCUUGAUGCUGAGCGCUGUGGCCAUUGGAAAUGCGAUCGCGGUCUGCAAGUUAUCCAUCGUCGUGGCGACGACGGAGGGGCGCUCGGGUUGGGAGGCGCUCGUGAAGGCCUGCGUGCUUGCGAAGGGAAGGGCGGAGACUGCGCUGGCCUUGGUCAUGGCCCCCGACAUGGGAAUGGCACUGGCGGAGGCUUUGUUCCAAUACAAGGUGGUGAGACCGUACCUUGACGGCGGAGGGAAGGUGAACGGAGAGAUGGUGUGGGAGGCCUACUUGAUUGCGUACGUCCACAGCCUCCUCCUCGUCCUCGACGCCAUCACGAGCUGCUUGUUCUACAACCACUGUAAAUUCCGACGGCGAUUGGAUUCCGAGGACGGCGUCGACGAUCAUUAUAUCGAACUGGAACCGGAAGAGAAGAGGGUCUGUUCAUUUAAAUUCGAUAUGUAA